GCCCAGUCUUUGAUUCUUUCCUCCAGCUGCUGGUGACAACCCAAGUCCCAGUGUUCAGAGCACAGAUAGAACGCCGUCGAACUCGUAGGACCCACUCAAGAAGACCUAGCCGUCACUAUGACACGCAAGUCAAGCAACAAGAAAGGCGGCCAUCCUCGAUCACCCAGCCACCACGGAGAGAGCAAGACCAAGCAACCCGAACAAAGCCUUCAGAAAACCACAGAAGCACAAACAUGUCCCUACCAUCACUCGAUCCUCCACCUCGAACAUACUCCUAUCAGUGGAUACGGGCAAUCGCCAAUGGAACGGUUCAUCACUGAGUCGCCCUCCGAGCAGUCAUCGCUCUUCCGUCGACCGGAUACAGGGAAGCUAUCAACCUGGAAAGAGUGCUUGUGUGGCAACAGCAGCACAACAGGCGAGCAGGUGUCGGCGGGAAAGGGCAAUUCAGAAGCUUCUUCCCACGGGACAAAGAGUGCAUAGUCCUACUCGUGGCUGUCGACGAGGAUUCUGAGGAUCGGUUUGUCUUGGGAUACCGGAGUGUAGUCCUGGGUGAAUGGAAUGUGGUUGACAUUAGCUUGUGUGCAUGGCAGACUGUGCUGUGUUGAUUGAAAGAUAUCAGUGCCAACUAGCGCACCCCACUUGAGGAUCUUGAUCAUAGAUAGAAAUGACAAAGUUUUUCCUCGCCAUAG